CUCAUAUUUCCUCCCCUGACUUUCCAAAGAGAUCAAUGGCACAACCAUCUAUCACAGCUAUCAGUUCCUUCCCUCAUGCCAGGGUACUCAUGGAUUCUACUCCCACUAACUUACCAACUGCUUAGUGUCCCCCACUCCUCUCUGCUAAUCCCUCUACUGGCCACUCCACUUGAUGUCCUCCACCCCUCUUGGCCAAUUUAUCCCCUAGCUUCCACUCAGUGUCCUCUACCAUUCUCUGCCAAUUCCUCCAUUGGCCUCCAUUCAGUGUCCUCCACCUAUCUCUGCCAAUCCCUACACUGGCCUCCACUCAUUUUCUUCCACCCCUCUCCACCAAUCCCUCCCCUGGCCUCCACUCAGUGUCCUCCACCCCUCUCUGCCAAUCCCUCCAUUGGCUUCCACUCAGUGUACUCUCCCCUCUCUGCCAAUCCCUCCAUUGGCUUCCACUCAGUGUCCUCCACUCCUCCCUCCCAAUCCCUCCACUGGCCUCCACUCAGUGUCCUCCACCCCUCUCUGCCAAUCCCUCCACUGGCCUCCAUUCAGUGUCCUCCACCCCUCUCUGCCAAUCCCACCACUGGCCUCCACUCAGUGUCCUCCACCCCUCUCUGCCAAUCCCUCCACUGGCCUCCACUCAGUGUCCUCCACCCCUCCCUGCCAAUCCCUCCACUGGCCUCCACUCGGUGUCCUCCACUCCUUUCUGCCAAUCCCUCCACUGGCCUCCACUCAGUGUCCUCCACCCCUCUCUGCCAAUCCCUCCACUGGCCUCCACUCAGUGUCCUCCACCCCUCUCUGCCAAUCCCUCCACUGGUCUCUACU